GCGCUCCCUCCUCAAACCCCCCACCACCACCGGGACAGAGAGAGAGGCCACGAGGAGGAGAUAAAGGGGAAAUCAUGGAGGCGAUUUGCUGUGGAGAUUCGGGUGCGUGAUCUGGUCGGAUCCUGCUUUCCCGGGAAGAGGCCGUGGCGGUGGUGCCGGUGAUGUGGUCUGUGGUGGGUGCUGCCAUGGUGUGGUGUGAGUGAAUGAUGUCCUCCGCCCCCGCCUAUAUCCUCCCCGUAGCCCCCCCUCCCUGCCCCGAGAUGCCGCAUCUGCCCUCUCCCCUCCACCUCUCCAAUCCAAGCCUCCCUCCGGCGGCGGCGACGGCGGAGAGACCGGCGAGAUCCUACUCUGUCUCUGUCUGAGCGCGAGGAGAGGCAGAAAGAUUGGGAGGGCCUCCGUGCGGAUAGGCUCGGUUCCUCUGGUUCUUGCUCCGCCUACGAGCCAUGACGGUGGUCGACGCCGAGGCCCGGUUCCACGUCCUGGCGGUGGACGACAGCGUCAUCGACCGGAAGCUCAUCGAGAUGCUGCUCAGGACCUCCUCCUACCAAGUCACCAUGGUGGACUCCGGGAGCAAGGCGCUGGAGGUCCUGGGACUGAGAGAAGAGGGCGACGACGACUCCUCAUCCCCUUCCUCCUCCGCCCCUGACCACCAUCAGGAGGUGGGCGUGAAUUUGAUCAUCACAGACUACUGCAUGCCUGGCAUGACAGGAUACGAUCUGCUGAGGAGGGUCAAGGGGUCAUCUUCAUUGAAGGACAUUCCAGUGGUGAUCAUGUCGUCUGAGAAUGUGCCUGCCAGGAUCAGCAGGUGCUUGGAGGACGGCGCGGAGGAGUUCUUCCUCAAGCCCGUGAAGCUGGCUGACAUGAAGAAGCUCAAGUCUCACCUGGUCCGGCGGAAGCAGCCCCAGCUCCAGCCGCAGCCACAAGAGAAGCCACAAGCAAAGCCACAGCAGCAGCAGCAAAAACCACAGCCAGAGCAGCAGCAGCAAAAACCACAGCCAGAGCAGCAGC